GUAAACAAAACAAUAGCCAGCGAAAGCUACAUCUUUUGAAUUCGCUGGAAGGAGUUCUUGUAGUCGUAGCGGUGCUAAUUAUUUUAUUUGUAAGUAAACAACAAUGUCUUCAGUUGAGAGUUUGAGAGAGUUUGUCAACGAGCGACUAACUGCUGCUGCUGAAGAAAUAUUCAGAGUUUUUAAAAACACUAUCGUCGAGUACGAGGAAGAGAUCGAUCGUCAGCGCAGACUGCUGGAUAUCGUUUGGAAACCCGAAGUAAAGUUACACAGGAUAGAGCUCCCACAGCAACAUGUCUGUAAGGACGAGGAGGUUCUGGCUGACCAGCAGCUCUGGAUUCAGGAGAGGAUCCCCGGUCUGGACCAGGAGGACCCACAGCCUCCACAGGUUAAAGAGGAACAGGAGGAACUCUGUACCAGUCAGGAGGGAGAGCAGCUUGUAGUGAAGCAGGAGACUGACACCUUUAUGUUGACUCCUACUUAUGAGGAAAGUGACCACAGUGAAGCAGAACUGAAAAGUGACCACCAGUUCCUCUCUCACAACUGUCAUGUAGCUGAGAGCCAAGAUCAGAAAGGAGGCGAGCGUGAAGACUCAGGAUCAACUAGAGAUGUAGAGCCAAAACAAAAGAAUCAAGAUCAUAACAGCAGAAGCCCCAGAAACAAUGUACACAAGUCUACCAUGUCAGAGGUUCACCAUGAUCCUCACACAGAGCUCCCACAGCAACAUGUCUGUAAGGAGGAGGAGGUUCUGGCUGACCAGCAGCUCUGGAUUCAGGAGAGGAUCCCCGGUCUGGACCAGGAGGACCGACAGCCUCCACAGGUUAAAGAGGAACAGGAGGAACUCUGUACCAGUCAGGAGGGAGAGCAGCUUGUAGUGAAGCAGGAGACUGACACCUUUAUGUUGACUCCUACUUAUGAGGAAAGUGACCACAGUGAAGCAGAACUGAAAAGUGACCACCAGCUCCUCUCUCACAACUGUCAUGUAGCUGAGAGCCAAGAUCAGAAAGGAGGCGAGCAUGAAGACUCAGGAUCAACUAGAGAUGUAGAGCCAAAACUAAAGAAUCAAGAUCACAACAGCAGAAGUCCCAGAAACAAUGUACACAAGUCUACCAUGUCAGAGGUUCACCAUGAUCCUCACACAGGUAAAAGGUCUUUCAGAUGUGACACAUGUGGAAAAGAGUUUAAGUUCAAGUCAGUAUUUCAGAUACACCUGAGAAUUCACACAGGUGAGAAGCCGUACCUUUGCAAGACCUGUGGGAAAAGAUUCUCUGACAGUUCAAAAUUAAAACAACAUACGAGAACGCACACAGGUGAAAAGCUGUAUUCUUGUGAAACAUGUGGUAAAGACUUCAGUACUAGCACUUUAUUGAUACGCCAUACAAGAUCCCACACAGGUGAGAAGCCGUAUUCUUGUGAAAUAUGUGGUAAAGGCUUCGGAACCAGCGAACACUUGCAUGUUCAUAUAAGAUCCCACACAGGUGAGAAGCCGUACCUUUGCAAAACCUGCGGGAAAAGAUUCAGUGAUAUUUCAACAUUUAUAAAACAUGAGAGAACCCACACAGGUGAGAAGCCAUAUUCCUGCAAAACAUGUGGAAAAUCUUUUAGACAGGGGAGUACCCUGACAGCCCAUCUGAGAACCCACACAGGUGAAAAGCCAUAUUCUUGCAAAGCAUGUGGAAAAUCUUUUAGACAGGGGAGUACCCUGAUAGCCCAUGUGAGAACCCACACAGGUGAAAAGUCGUAUUUUUGUGAAACAUGUGGGAAAGCCUUCAGAACCAGCGAUCACUUGCAACUUCAUUUAAGAACCCACACAGGUGAAAAGCCGUAUUCUUGUGAAACAUGUGGGAAAGCUUUCAGAAUCAGCAAUCACUUGCAACUUCAUAUAAGAACCCACACAGGUGAGAAGCCGUAUGCUUGUGAAACAUGUGGGAAAGCUUUCAAAGUAAGUAGUCAAUUGAAAAACCACAUAAGAAGAGAACACACAGGUGAGAAGCUGUAGCUUUGCACGAUGAAAAGAUGUGUUGAUGCGUCUGAUUUGACACGGGACAGAAGGCAGCAUGAAGACAAGUAGUCUUGUGGGAGACGAUUCAGUUCUAGAGGUUUAUGGUCAAAACUCAAGAAGUCCCUGAAGUGAAGAGCUGGCAAAGUGCAGCACUGUGCUAAAAGUUUUACUGAAAUCACAUACUUGAAAACACCUGAGGAUCAAUAUACCUCUGGUGAUGAAGUCUUUUGAGCGCCAUGUGUUGAGCCACCUCAAGUCCACUACAGAUCCACUCCUGGACCCCCCCUGCAGUUCGUCUAUAGAGCCAACAGGUCUGUGGAUGAUGCAGUAAAUAUGUACCUUCACUACACCUCCAGCACCUGGACACUUCAGGAACCUACACCAGGAUCCUGUUUGUGGAUUUAACCUUUGCUUUCAUCACCAUCAUCCCUACUCUGCUGCAGGUCAAGCUCUCCCAGCUUAGUGUGUCUGCACUCCACCUGCAUGGUAGAUCACAGACUUCCUGUCUGACAGGAAGCAGCACGUGAACUGGGGAAACAUGUCUCUGACUCCUGGACCUCCUCCCCCAUCACCGUGUGCUACUCCAGUCAACACUGUGGAGGCCUUCUGCUUCCUGGGAACCAUCAUCUCCCAGGGUCUGAAGUGGGAGCUAAACAUUAGCUCCAUCACCAUAAAAGCCCAGCAGAGGAUGUACUUCCUGCAGCAGCUGAACAAGUUCAGUCUGCCAGAGAUAAUGAUGGUACACUUUUACAAUGCUAUCAUAUAGUCUAUCUUCACCUCCUCCAUCACCAUCUGGUACGCUGCUGCCACUGCCAGGGACAAGGGCAUUAUUCACUCUGCAGAGAAGGUGAUCAGCUGCAAUCUUCCGUCCCUUCAUUACCUGUACACCACCAGAACUCUGAGGCGAGCAGAAAAGAUUGAGGCUGAUCCCUCCCACCCCGGACAAAAACGGUUUCACAUUCCCCUCCAGCAGGACCAAAAGCCCCACACCACAUGAAAAAUUUCUUCCCAUCUGCAGCUGGCCUCAACAAGAGAUUCUGAAAUUCUUCACCACCUUUUAUGCCACAAUAGACACUUUGCAGGUCAAGAUUUUGUUGUGUAAGAAAUAUAUUAUUCCAAGCACUGAGAGAGUAUAUAGAAAAGAAAUAACUGAUGUCAAGCAUGAAACGAGGUAUAAUCAGACUGAUUCCUAAAGCUGGCAAAGAUAAGAUAAUUUGAGACCAAUUACAAUGUUUAAUUCUGCAUAUACCCCAUAAAACACCAGUGUGAAAUAACGGUUACGUAUUGCUUAAUAGAGAAUAUGUGUAGAGGAAUUAUCUAAUUGGAUUUGGCCUGUUGCUCAUUUUAUGGAUGAGAAUAGACAUUUGUUACAGCAUGAGGAGUUUUGUACAAAAUUUCAACUCCAAUGUUCUAUAAAAUACUAUAAAAGAGUGAUCAAAGCUAUACCAAUCCCUUUCAGAUCAUUUAUUAAAGAAAACAUUCUGUACUCAAAGGGAUCCUCCUGAGCUGAGGCAGCUUUGCAUUGAUGGAAUUGACAUUUGUGUUGAUAAAUGUACCAGCAGUAUUAGAAUCAUUCUGGUGAAGGGACGUUACCCUGACCCAGUGAGGAAGGACAUAUGUUCAAGUUGAAGAGGUGAGGAAAAUACGAAAAAUAAUUAUAUUUUGUUUCCACUUCCUCCUUAGGUAAAAUAAGUAAAUGUUAAAAUUUUUAAGAGAUUUACCCAACAAAGUGAUUUUUCAGAUUGAGAUUUAAUUUUGAUAAAUUGUUAAUAAAUUGUGUAUUUUGGGAAAGGGAAAUUGAAAGUUUUUUUUAUUGUGAAUUUGUGCAGUCCUUUUGGUGUGAUAUGUGGAGCUGGCUGCAGUCCAAGAAGAUGGUGUCCUCACCACUUACCACGAAGACAGUCAAGUUUGUAUUGUUUGUUGGAAAUAAGGACUUGGAUCUUGUUCUCAGUGUUGUGAUUCUAUUGGGGAAAUAGCCCUACUUCAUUGUUUUUAUUUUUAUAUUGAUUUACCUUAUUAUUGUAUAACUUUCUGUCAUUUGAUGUGAAGCCUGUUUUCGCUUAAAAUGAUGUAAGGGUUGUUGUGAAAUAUAAAACAUGAUAAAAUGG